GGAGAAGAAAAGGAAGAGCAUUUGUGGAACAAGAAGGAGCAGAAUGACUUCGUGGCAAAUGGGAGAGUUGAAAUCUACCCGAGCAUGCUUCCACCCCAAGAAGCCAACCAGAUCAGCUCCUACGACUCCGCUAAAGAGCUCUGGGAGAAGUUCCUAGAAUUCCAUGAAGAAAUCUUGGAGGUUAAACUCGCAACACGGGACAUGCUCUGGAACCAACUUAGCAACCUCCAAAUGGAAAAGGAAGAAUCAAUUGCUCAUCUACACGCAAGAAUUAAGGAACUAAUCACCGAACUCACAAACCUAGGAGAAAUGGUAACAAGUCAGGAUUCUUUAAGGUAUGCGUUAAAUGCUUUUCUGAUAACUCCCGAUGGACAUCUAGAGUGGACUCAUUCUAUAUAUCCAAGGACCUCGAGGUAGGUACGUUAGAGAAUUUAUUUUCAACUUUUGAACUUCACGAGUCUCGAUGUGUAGGUCUUAGAAACAUAGAAAAGUCAAAUGACAAUAUUGCCCUAAAAGCUAAGAAGAUCGAGCUAGAGUCUGAAUUAUCACUCGACGAAAACGAAGAAGCCUACAUGGUAAGAAAAUUUAGUAAAUUUCUUAAAACUAAUAAUUUUGAUAAGAAACAAGUAACGAAACUACUCCGAAGUAAGGACAAGAAGGUUCGUUGCUAUAACUACCAAGAAGAAGGACACAUCAAAGACAACUGCCCAAAGUUGAAAAAAAAGAAAGAAAAAGACAAAGGGCCAAGAUGGACGAAACACAAAAAUCUAAAAGCCACGUGGGGCGAGUUGUAUCAGAGUUCGAGAUUGAGACCUACGCCGGACUUGCACUUAUGACAAGUCAUCAAGAAGCUGAAGAUGAAGCAAGCUCAUCCGACAUGAGCCUCAAGAGCAACGUUGAAGGGGGAGCUACUAACUACGACUCCGACACGGUAAGUGAGGAGAAAUUGCGCAUUGCUGUUUUGGUUUCAAAAGCUGCACUUCAAUUUAUACAGGGAAUCACAAUACGUAGUGGAUAUGUUGUACCUGAAGAAGUCAAAGCAGCUGGCUUUCAGAUUUGUGCCAAUGAGUUAGGAUCUAUUGUCGAAAGUCAUGAUGUCAAGAAGUUGAAGAUGCAUGGCGGCGUUGAUGGAAUUGCCAAUAAGCUCAGCACAUCCCUGAGCAAUGGACUUACUACUGCUAAUGAAAGGUUAAAGAGGAGGCAAGAGAUUUACGGUAUAAAUAAGUUCACUGAAAGCAUGGUUCAAAGUUUUUGGGUAUUUGUAUGGGAGGCACUUCAAGACACUACAUUGAUAAUUCUUGCCGUGUGUGCGUUUGUUUCUCUAAUUGUGGGGAUCACAAUGGAAGGAUGGCCAAAGGGUGCCCAUGAUGGUCUUGGAAUUGUUGCAAGCAUCCUGUUAGUUGUGUUUGUAACUGCUACUAGUGAUUACAGGCAGUCACUACAGUUCAAGGAUUUGGAUAAGGAGAAAAAGAAGAUUUCUAUACAAGUAACACGGGAUGGUUUCAGACAGAAAAUUUCGAUUUAUGAUCUUGUUCCUGGUGAUAUUGUACAUUUAUCUAUCGGAGAUCAAGUACCUUCUGAUGGGCUCUUUAUAUCUGGUUAUUCUUUGCUGAUUAAUGAAUCAAGUCUUACAGGUGAGAGUGAACCUGUGUGCAUUAAUGCUGAGUAUCCUUUUCUUCUAUCGGGAACUAAAGUCCAAGAUGGAUCUUGUAAAAUGCUAGUAACUGCUGUUGGCAUGAGAACCCAAUGGGGUAAGCUUCUUGCCACCCUUAGCGAAGGAGGAGAUGAUGAAACUCCUUUACAAGUCAAACUGAAUGGAGUUGCAAAUAUCAUUGGCCAAAUAGGGUUGUUUUUCGCAAUUAUCACAUUUGCUGUGCUAGCUCAAAGACUUGUUAGUCGAAAGUAUAGUGAAGGCCUGCUAUUGAGAUGGUCAGGUGAUGACGCACUGCAGAUGUUGGAGUUUUUGGCAAUUGCAGUCACUAUUAUAGUGGUGGCUGUUCCAGAAGGGCUCCCUUUAGCUGUGACUCUGACCCUUGCUUUUGCAAUGAAGAAGAUGAUGAAUGACAAGGCACUAGUCCGCCACCUUGCCGCUUGUGAGACUAUGGGCUCAGCGACUACAAUUUGCAGUGACAAAACUGGAACAUUAACGACGAACCGCAUGACUGUCGUAAAAGUCUGCAUCUGCAAGAAUGUUGUGGAAUUAAUUUCUGAUAAAGAUGUUAAUUUGAGCUCAUAUAUACCAGAUGAUGUGCGAAAAACUCUUCUCCAAUCCAUUUUCAGUAACACAGCUGGUGAGAUUGUGACUGACCAAGGUGGAAAACUAGAGAUCUUGGGGACACCUACAGAGACUGCAUUGCUGCAAUUUGGUCUAUCACUAGGUGGAGAUUUUCAAGUGUUACGGCAGGAAAGUGAUAUCGUCAAAGUAGAGCCAUUUAAUUCCACAAAGAAGAGAAUGGGGGUGGUUCUCCAACUUCCUGGGGCAUGUUACCGUGCACACUGCAAAGGUGCUUCUGAAAUCAUUUUGGCUGCUUGCACUAGCUAUUUAGAUUCUGCAGGUAAUGUGUUGCCACUCGAUGAAGCUGCAAUGGAUCAUCAUAAGCGCACCAUUGAUAGCUUUGCUAGUGAAGCCCUGCGGACUUUGUGCCUUGCCUACAAGGAACUUGGUGGUGACUUCUCUGCUAAGGAGCAAAUUCCAUUUGAAGGAUACACAUGUAUUGGAAUUGUAGGAAUUAAGGAUCCUGUUCGUCCGGGUGUCAAGGAGUCAGUUGCAACCUGUAGGACUGCAGGAAUUACUGUGAGAAUGGUCACUGGUGACAACAUAAAUACAGCUAAAGCGAUUGCCAGGGAAUGUGGUAUCCUCACAGAUGAUGGUAUGGUUAUAGAAGGUCCGAAAUUCCGAGAGAAGAGUUUGGAGGAAAUGAACAAAUUGAUUCCAAAAAUUCAGGUAAUGGCCAGAUCUUCACCAUUGGAUAAGCAUACCUUAGUUAAGCAUCUUCGGAACAUGUUCAAUGAAGUCGUUGCUGUGACCGGUGAUGGCACGAACGAUGCUCCUGCACUUCAUGAGGCAGAUAUUGGACUUGCAAUGGGCAUUUCAGGAACUGAGGUAGCUAAAGAAAGUGCCGAUGUCAUAAUUCUCGAUGACAAUUUCUCGACAAUUGUGACGGUGGCAAAGUGGGGGCGUUCUAUAUAUGUCAACAUUCAAAAGUUUGUGCAAUUUCAACUCACCGUUAAUGUGGUUGCUCUCAUUGUUAAUUUCUCAUCGGCUUGUUGGUCAGGAAAUGUGCCCCUCACAGCUGUUCAACUUCUUUGGGUGAACAUGAUUAUGGAUACUUUAGGAGCAUUAGCAUUAGCAACUGAACCACCAAACGACGAAUUAAUGCAGAGAGCACCAGUCGGGAGGAGUGGUAGAUUCAUCAGCAGUACAAUGUGGAGGAAUAUCUUCGGACAAUCCAUGUACCAAUUCAUGGCAAUAUGGUAUCUCCAGACGCAAGGAAAAGCGAUUUUUGGCCUUGAUGGCUCUACUUCUGAUCUCACAGUCAAUACGAUUACAUUCAACUCCUUUGUUUUCUGCCAGGUGUUCAAUGAGAUCAGCUCGCGAGAAAUGGAGAAGAUUAAUGUGUUCAAGGGCAUCUUGCAAAACUACGUCCUUUUAGGUGUUCUUAUGACCACCGUCGUCUUUCAGUUCAUCAUCAUUCAGUUUCUUGGUGACUUUGCAAACACAACACCACUGACAUUGAAACAAUGGUUUGCUACGAUUUUCAUUGGUUUCUUGGGGAUGCCCAUUGCUGCCCUCCUCAAGCUGUUUCCGACGAGGUCCAUUUAAAGAUCAUGCGCAACAGAAGAACUGAAUUCCGUGUUCUUUCAUUCUUUUCGGGCUGCUAGUUGAACGCUGAAAUGUUGAAAAGUGAAGAAAUCUAUGACACUAAUUUAUUGAUCACUCUUAGAAAAAAAAUUAAUUAUUAUUGAUGUGUUUCUAUAAUUAGAGAUUGAGAGAUAGAGACAGAGAAUAUUGAUUAGUUAUGAAGUUAGUGGGUUAGUACAUGUUUCAUAAUUAAAGUUAUAGUAUAUUAGUAUGUC